CCUGGCAAUACUGUUAGAUUACAAGCCAUGUUGGACAAACUCUGCGCUGUACGGCAAAUAAAAAUAAACCAUAGAAACACAAGAUAUGAGAUCUAGAAUAACAAGUAUUCCGUAUUAAACUUAAUUUAUGAAAUAUUAACAGUUGAAUAAACUGAAUUAUAUUACAAUUAUUGCAAAGGAAAGGAUACGGAAGCAUAACUGCACAAUAACAUGGCUUCGUCUCUAAACGUUAUCAAAUUAACCAAAAUAGAAAAUGUUUGUAGAACGUGUUUAUCUGAAGAAAUUGUGCCGCAUUCUAUAUUUGAUGUUUACUCUGGGACGAUUACUUUCGACUUUGUAAUAAGCGCAGUAACAGGCUUAAAGAUUGAACAAGGUGAUGGGUUUCCAUCAAAUAUUUGCCAGGAGUGCAGGGAUAAAGCCAUCAGUGCAUUUGGUUUUAAGAAAAAGUCUCAAGAAACACAUGAUGCUCUAGAGACUCUGAUUAAGAAAGCUAUCAAUACAACCUUACAUGAUGUUAAAGAAGAGCAGCCAGCAGAUGAUACCGAUGAUGGCUUGGAUAUUGACUUUAAUCUGCCGGUGACACCUGAAAAUUGUAGCGAGUUAGCGUCGAUUAAAAAUGAAACUGAGGGUGAUAUUGGCCAUCAAUGUAACCAGCAGUGUAAACAUUGCCCUGAUGUGUUUGAUACGUCUACUAGACUUAAAGAACAUGUGGAUAAAAAAUGUGUGAAAGUGGAAUUUGAAGAUGAACAGAGUACCUACUGCCCGCUUUGUGGCACAUGCUUUGAUAAUUCAGACAGUUUAACAAAACAUAUGUGGACAAGUCAUGCUGACCUUAUGGGACCAAAGAAGAGAGGUAGACCGAAAAAAAUGCUGACCAGUACUAUAUUAAGUAAAUUAUCGGAAAAUGGCUACCACACGAAAACCGGCCCUAUCAAAACAAAAGUCUGUAUAUUCUGUAAGGAUGAAUUUAAAACUCAACAAGAAUUGAGCAGGCACAUGAUGGUACAUAAAGGUACAAAAAUUCAAUGCUGCAUGCUGUGCAAGAAAAUGUACCUCAACAUAAUGAAUUUUGAGCAACAUAUCUGUUUCGAUGAUAGAAAUAAUUCCAAUAAAAUGUUAAAUGAACAUGAAGCAUUAAGUAUUCCAAGUAACAAUGCCAAAGUUAUUAACUGUCUAACGGAGGUACUGCUGCAAGAUCUGUUAGAUCCAACUGGUGAUAUGGAAAACAUGAAUGCCCUUGAGGUUUGCAGCAUUUGUAGUGGAGUGUUUUUAUCGGAAAGUGAUCUGGCUAGUCACAAUGAUGCUGAACAUCCAGAACUUUCACAGCGCUGCAACCUUUGUAGCAAGGUAUUUGCAUCAGUCAAAUCAGCCGCCCGCCAUAGGAAUAUAUGCAAGCAAAUAGAAAGAAAAUAUAUUUGUAGUACUUGUGGGCUUAAAUUUGCUUACGAGAUUUCGUUAAAUAAGCACAUAUUGCGGUACCACGAAGGGCAAAGUGUAUCAGUGAAGUUUAUGGAUCCUAAAACGAAGUUGGACGAGAGACAAUAUCAAUGUGAUACCUGUAAAAGAAGUUUUUACAGAAAAGAUUUACUUGCUAGGCAUACGAAACAGCACAUGCCGAGUGAAAAGCUAUUUGAAUGUGAUGUGUGUAAGAAGAAGUUUCAUAGGAGAGACAAUUUACGUUCUCACAAGCGUGUUCACGAGGUCCACCGUGAUAAAAGUCUGAGCAACAACUGCUUGUGUCUGUACUGCGGCCGUAGUUUCUCCAACUCCUCCAACCUGAUCGUUCACAUGCGACGUCACACCGGCGAGAAACCUUACAAAUGCGACUUUUGUGGCAAAGGUUUUCCCCGGUCAUCGGAUCUGCAAUGCCAUAGACGUUCGCAUACAGGAGAGAAGCCAUGUAUUUGUGUGGUUUGUGGAAAAGGAUUCUCGCGCAGCAACAAACUGUCACGUCACAUGCGCGUGCAUACUGGUCACAAACCGUACAAAUGCACCUAUUGUGACAAGGCUUUUUCACAAAGCAACGAUCUCACACUGCAUGUCCGCAGACACACUGGCGACAAGCCGUACAUCUGCGAAGUGUGUGGCGACCGAUUCAUUCAGGGAACCUCAUUGCACAACCAUCGGCGCGCUCAUGGUCACUUUCCGGCGUCGUCAUCCGGUUCAAAUUCGAAUGUUCAAGGACUUACGUAUACAUCCGUUACACCGCACGGCUAAAUAUGCCUGCCUAGUAUAGUCGAGUAUACUAGUCGUACAUUUAAAUAAAUUAUAUUUAUACAAAUUAUUCCCUUGUUGGAAUGGUAUACUUAUUUAUUUUUUGUAGUUCCUAAAAUUAUUACAUUCUUACAUAUCAAUAGGCUUAGGACAUUUGGUAGCAUACCUUGGUUCUAAAAUCCAUGGAGUAGCCGAACGAUAAAAAAUAGCUUACCAAGUCAAAGUACAUACUUAGGUAAAUAUAUAUCAAAUCAAAAACAAACUAUUUGUAAAAACAAAAAACCAAGCUGCUAUAACAAAUGUACACUUAAAAUAAUAAAAUAGACUUACUUAUAAAAUCAACAUAAAAAAAAGCAAACAGGUUAGCUAGACAAACGCAGCCUUUGUCUUAUUUUUUGAUCAAAUGGUGCUGUGAUGCUAUGGAAGUGCUGGCUAUAGGAAUAAGUUUUCCAGUUACACCCUUCCGGCCGUUUUCACAUCUGCGGUUCGCAACCAGGUGCGAUUGAAGAAUGUUUAUUUUUUGUUCACAACCAGUAGCGAAUCAAGAGAACCUUUUCUUUCACCGAAACAUGUUGCGAACAAGGACUUAAAUAGCGGACUUGAAAUCCAUGACAUAACCUUUGGACAUAACAUGAUUGGCAGUACAAUAAAAUUAUAUAAUUCAGUAACAAAAAUUUUGCAAAUUAACCCAGUUACAAACAAUCACAAUAUGGAAUACAGUAUCAGACGAACGCCUGAGUGUGAGAAUUGUGUUUUUCAAGAAUGUUCCAUGGUUACAAGAUCCAUACCGGACAUGUUAAAAGCAAUUUUACUUCAUAAAUAUAAUCUUAAUGUUUCACCGCAUACGAGAGCUUGUGAAUACCAUCUUCGAGCGGAGCAAGAUUGGUCUGAAAUAGCGGACGCAGGCGACAACCUGAUCGAUUUUAACAGGGAACAUGCAGCGGACAUAGUACGAAUCAUGAAAUUACCAUUGCAAGUAUUAAAUGUGGUGUUUAACAUGUUUGAAUAAUAAUGAUAAAAUAUAUAAUACUAUUCAUCGGGUCGUUAAUUAAGUGCGAGAAGGGACGAGAAGGCGGAGAAGGAUUUGUUUUGCGAUUUUAAUAAAACAUUUGCAUUUAA